AGUUUACCGGUGACUCUCGAAUAGACACGACGUACUACUGUGCUACUGUAUAUAAAUAUUAGUCGUUCUCUCGUACUUAACAUUAAAUGUCACUCUAUAUCAUCAUUUUGACAAAUACGACUUGUACGUGCUUUAUAUAUACCCACAUCAAUUGAAUUCAACUGUUUGUCACUUACAUAUGUUGAUAUUAUUGAUCAAAAAAAAAAUAAUAAUAACAAUAAUAACAAAUAAAUAUAAACAUAUUACAUUGUUGUGUUUGCUCUAAUCGUGAUAGUUUAAAAUAUUUAUUAUACACUGAUGAGGGUGGAUGACAAAGUAGGAUAAACAUCCUUUUAAAUUUAUCCCAAACAAGGGCUGUAGUUUGUUUAUUUUUUAAUUUUAAUUUUGUAAUGUUAUUAUAAAAAGAAAAAAAAAAAGAAAAAGAAUAUAUACACAAUUUGAAUAUUUAAUUUAAGAAAGAAAAAGAGAAAAAAAGCUCAUCUUUUUAUUUAAAAACUUUAAUUAUUUAUAAAUAUUUUUAGUUUGUUUUUUAUUUUUUUAUAUCUACUUUACAUAAAAUAAUUGGCGGUAGUAAAGUGAUAUUAUUCAUUUGUUGAAUAUCAAACAACAAACUGAGAUAAUAAAAGAUUUGUUUAUAAUUAUGAAUUUUAAAUGUGAAUAAUAAAUAAUAAUAAUAUCAGUUGAUGACAAUGAAUUGCAGUUUAAAUUUACUUAUACAUUUAUGGUGUUUUUAUGUAUUGAUAAUGUUUAUGUGAUUUUUCAUAUGUUUGUUAAAUUGUGUAUCAAUGUUGCUGCAUAAAAAGUGAGCAAGGGAUUAGAAUCGAGAUAAGUGAAACCUAAAAAAAUAUCAUCGAAAAAAAAAUUAAAAAAAUUUCAACAGACAAAGCUUUAUGCUUGAAAUUAAUAAAAAAAAUAUAAUCACGAAUGUGAGGUGAUGAUGACGUUGAAUUUAUUAAAACGAAAUAAAAGAAAUAAAAAAUAUGAUAGCCAAAAAAGGCUAAAUAUAAUAUUAAUAAUAUUUAUAACAACAAUGGAAAUUGAUUUUAUUUGGGGACAACAAAUACCAGAAUGUCCACCAAGUGAAGUUAUGCCAAAUUGUCCAUGUUAUAGUUUUGAAGAUGCAUUGUUUCUUGAAUGCGCUGGCGCAAAUGGAGACACACUUAAAAAAGCAAUGCAAGCUGUUUUAAAUGAAGCAGGUCCUUCAACAAUUGUUCAAUCAUUGAGUGUCUAUGAAUUGGAUAAAAAUAUUGUUGAAUUUAAAGAAGGAUCAUUUCCUCAUGGUUCAAAUAUACGUAAUUUACAAAUAUCACAUUCAAAUUUAAAAGACAUAAAUGAAAAUGCAUUUUUAAAUUUACGUCAAAGUAUUGAAUCACUUGGUAUUAUUGAAAGUCGUUUGACCCAAGUACCACAAAAAGCAUUAGCUGGAUUACAUAAUCUUAUUGGUCUUGAUCUUGAAUCAAAUUUAAUUCAAGAUUUACCAUCAUAUUGCUUUUGGGGAUUAAAUUUAAUAAAAUUAAGUCUUAAAAGUAAUCAAAUAAAUACAAUAUCAGAGCAUACAUUUGCUGGUCUUGAAAAAAAUCUUGCUGAGCUUGAUAUUGCUGAAAAUAAAAUAAAAUUAUUUCCAAUGACAGCAUUAAGAAGACUUGAUAAUUUAAUAACACUUAAAUUAGCAUGGAAUGAAAUAAGCAAUUUACCAAAUGAUGGCUAUUCAAUAAUCAAUGGUUUAUUAACACUUGAUUUAAGUAGUAAUAAUUUUAAUGAAUUACAAAAUGAUUGUUUUAAAUCAUGUCCAACACUUAAAACAUUAUCAUUAUAUUAUAAUUCAAUUGACAGUGUUAAUAAAUAUGCAUUUUUAUCAUUAAAUAAACUUGAAUCAAUUGAUCUUAGUCAUAAUAAAAUUGUAUUUCUAGAUAUUGAAACAUUUAAAAAUAAUAUUAAUUUACGUACAAUUGAAUUGAGUCAUAAUAAUAUACAUUAUAUUGGUGGUGUAUUUACCAAGUUAUCUAAUUUACGUGAACUUUAUCUUGCUGAAAAUAAUAUACUUGAAAUACCAAGUGAUGCAUUUUUAGGUAGUAUUAAUAUUGAAGUUAUUUAUUUACAACAAAAUUCAAUAAGAAGAAUUGAUAAUCGUGGUCUUGCUAGUCUUGAUAAGCUAACACAAUUACAUUUGAGUAAUAAUUUUAUUGAUAAUAUACCAAUUGAUUUCUUUGGCUAUUCACCAAACUUGACAUCAGUAUCACUUGAUACAAAUAAUAUUAAACAAAUUGAAAAAGGAACAUUUAAAAGUUUGAAGCAACUACAUGAGCUACGUUUAAAUGAUAAUAAAUUAACAAUUAUUAAAAAUGGUAUAUUUUAUGAAUUACCAGAACUUGUUGAAUUGUUAUUACAUAAUAAUUUCAUUGAAAAUAUUGAAGUUGGUUCAUUGGCUACAUUGUCAGGAUUACAGCAUGUUAAUUUACAAGGUAAUCAAAUUAAAUAUUUUAAUGAUGUAUUUAAAUUAACACCACCAACAACAACAACAGCAACAGGAACAUUAUCAUCAUCAUCAUCAUCAACAAAUUCAAGUAUUUUUGGUAGCUCAUUAAUGUCAAUACGUCUUGAUAAUAAUGGCUUAUUAAAACUUGAAAAUAAUUCAUUACAUGGACAAGUAUCAUUACGAAUAAUAAGACUUGGUAAUAAUAAAUUAAAAUUUCUUCAAAGUGAACUAUUUCGUGACUUAUUACUUGUUGAACGUCUUUAUUUAACAAAUAAUACAAUAUCAAAAAUUGAUGAUUCAGCAUUUAAAACAAUGCAAUCAUUAAAAUAUCUUGAUAUAAGUAAAAAUAAAUUAGCUAAUAUUGGCAAUAAAAUAUUUGAUGAUCUAAAUGAACUUGAAGAAUUAUAUUUACAAGAUAAUGGAUUAAGAAAUAUUGAGGGAUAUUCAUUUUCAUCAUUAAAAAAAUUACGUAUAUUAGAUUUAUCAAAUAAUAAUAUAAUGAUAUUACGUGAAAAUAUAUUUCUCAAUGAUAUACCAAUAAAAAAGUUGAAUUUAAAAAAUUCAACAAUAAUGGCAAUUGAAUUAAAUGCAUUUAGUGGAUUAAAGUUAUUGAGUGAACUUAAUAUUGAAAAUAAUAAAUUAACCAUAACAUCACUUGGACAUAUAAACGUGCCGAGUUUACGUACAUUAGUUGCUUCAAAUAAUAAUUUUAGUAACAUCAAUGAAAAUUGUUUCAAUGAAUUGGCCAGUUUACAAGAAGUCAUUCUGGAUAAUGUCCAAUUGGCAUGGUUGGCUAAUUCAACAUUUUCAAAAAAUACAAAUUUAACACGUAUACAUAUGAAGAAUAAUUAUUUAAAAAAUUUACCAAUAAAUAUAUUUAAUGGAUUAAUAAAUUUACGUGAAUUAAAUAUAAAUAAUAAUGAAUUAAUUGAUAUUCCAUAUGAUUCACUUGAUGAUGUCAGUAAUAUUGAAAUACUAUCAUUAUCAAAUAAUAAUAUUAAAAAUAUUAAUAUUGGUAGAAUGUCAAAGCUAAUAUAUUUACGUGAAAUUGAUUUUAGCUAUAAUGAAAUUGAAACAAUAACAGAUUUUACAAUGACAAAUUUAUCACGUCUUUUAUCAAUUGAUUUGAGUAAUAAUAAAUUAAAUAAUUUACCAGUUAAUUUUUUUUUACAUUCAUAUAUGUUACGUCGUGUUGAUAUAUCUGUUAAUAAAUUUCAUGAAAUACCAUCAUAUGCAUUAUCUGGUGAUAAUUUAUCUGGUUUAACAUGGUUAAAUUUAACAAAGAAUCCAUUAAUUAAAAUUCAUGAUAAACCAACUGAAUUAAUAUAUCCAUUAUUACUUGAAUUACACAUAUCAAGUACAAAUUUAACAAUAAUAACAUCACAAGAAUUUCAAUCAUUUCCAGCAUUACAACAUCUUUAUUUACAAAAAAAUUGUAUACAAAGAAUAUCACCUGGUGGUUUUAGUAGUUUAAUUAAUUUAUUGACACUUAAUUUGGGACAAAAUAGUUUAGAAAUAAUGCCACAAGAAAGAUUACAGGGUUUAGAACAUUUAAGAAUAUUAAAUAUUACAAAUAAUCGUAUUAAAGAACUGGAUGAAUUUCCACCAGAUCUAAGAUCUUUACAAAUACUUGAUUUAUCAUAUAAUCAGAUAAGUACUGUUGGCAAAGAUACCUUUUGUAAUCUUGUGAGUCUUGUGGAAUUGCAUUUAUAUGGUAACUGGAUAAGCGCUAUAUCAAGUGAAGCAUUUAAACCGUUGAAAAAACUUCGUCUACUUGAUCUAAGUAGAAAUUAUUUGGAAAAUUUACCAUUAAAUGCAUUUAGACCAUUGGAAACACAAAUUCGUAGUCUACGUGCUGAAGAAAAUCCUCUACACUGUGACUGUGAAUCACAAGAACUUUGGGAAUGGUUAAGAGAUCAUCAAAAACUCGUUGGAAGAUUGGAUCGUGAGAGAAAAAAUUAUCAAAAUGAUAUUGAAAAUGUUGGUGAUAAUGUUGAAAGUGGCUUAUUAAGAUGUCAACAACCACCGGAACUUCGUGGUUUAGUUUUUCUUGAUCUUGAUCCACAUACAUUUUGCUCAACUCCACUUGUUAUUAAACUUGCUAUUCAAGAUAUACAACCAUUUUCAGUUUUUGUAUCAUGGCAAAGUAGAAAUCAUUCUGGUCUUUAUGGAUAUCAAGUUGCAUAUCAUUCACUUGACAAUGUAAAUGAGGUACGUGGUAAACUACUAGAUCCAAAAGCUCGUUCAGUAAAACUAUCAAAACUUUCAUCUGAUACACGUUAUGUAAUUUGUGUACUGGGUCUUGGCAGUUGGAGUACACCAAUUUCCCAAGAUAUAAAUACUUGGCAAUGGAAUACAACACAAGAUGAUUUAAUUGAUAAUACAGUAUUACCAAUAAUGAUUGAUUCACCAAUGAGUCGUUGUACACAAGUUAAAACACUUGAUUCACCAAAUUCAAUAAUUGGUAAUAGUAUUAUAAGCAGUGAUAAUGUUAGUUUAUCAAGUAUAUUAACAAGAAGAUUGGGUCUCAUUGUUGGUAGUUGUAUGGGUUUUGUUGUAUUUAUAUUACUUGUAACAGUAUUAGGAUAUAUGAAAAUGAAAAAACAACGUGCUGCUAUGAAAAGAGAACAGCCAAUACCAACAAAUCCACCAGAUUUUAUGACAUAUAGACAUUAUUCAUUACAAAGUGGUGAUAGACUUGAUACAUCAUGUCCAAGUUAUAUUACAAAUAUUGGCACAACAACAUUAAAUUCGUAGCAUAAAAAUACCACUUCUCGCGAAUCAACAAUCGAUCGUAAUGAUAUUGAAAUGACAAAUUCAAUGAUUUUUCGUUGAAUUCAUUAUCGGCUGUAUAUAUUAUUAUAGAUAUUAUAUAUGGUGUUAUUAUUACUUGAAAGUAACUGUCAAUUUAAAUGACACCAUUUUUCAUUAAGUGCAUGAUAAUUACAAUCGAUAUGGGACAUUGAGUUUGUUAAACGCGAGUGAGUGGUCGUUAAUUAUUAAUAUUCACUAUAUCUUUAUCAAGAAAAAGCAAUUUAAUAUUUUUCAUCAAAUUUUUAUAUAGGUAUACCUAAUAAAUAUAUAUUUUUUUUAUUUCUUUUUAUUUUUUGUUUUGCAAUAAUUUAACAAUUUAAUAUGACCUCUUGAUUUUCAUAAUGAUUCAUAUUAAGACUGAUUUUUUUUAUUGAAAAAUUUUUUUAUAAUUAAUUAUUUUUUCCGAUUUACUUGUUUUAUCGGUGUAAUAUAAGGAAGAAAAAAAAAAUCAAAAGUUGUUUUGUAAAUAAUAAGUUUAAAAAAAAUAUAAUUAUUUAUUAACUAAAGUUUUAAGUGUAUAACGUGAAAAAAAAAAAGUAAGCAAUAACGUACCCUAAAAAAGUUUGAAAAAAAAAAAAUAUUUGUGAGUUAUUUCCUGUGCCCGCAUAUAUAUUUCAUCCAUUAAAAUGAUUAAAAAAAAAAAAAACAUGAAUACAUCAAAG